GAKAACCCAUACAGGAUUGAGACCAGCCAUACAAAGCGAACAGCUGAAACUAUCAUUAACAGGCACAAACAAGCCUUACACACCUGAUUGCAUUCUUUCGUCCCUUAUAUUCACAGUUAAACSAGCCAUAAGGGUGUGUGUUUGCGAUCACUGCUUUUCYGACGAAGAGGACAAUCUUUAACGACGCUUCMAAACAUUCAUCGAAGUCUGCAUCCCUCAUCGAAGGACACAACGACRAUCCAUUGCACUUAGCAUUCAGUUCGUAACGAGAUCCUUUGCGAAAAGAGAGUCAAAUCCAGGAAGGUMUCGAAACUUGAGAUAAGGAAGAUCGGUGUGAUACAGUCGCAAUCACUAUGAGAGGAAUACUGCAUUCUCUACACCUUAAACGAUAACGGAUCUAAGAACGGGUAAACACAUACCUUCUUUGGUGCCUGGCCAGUGCCCACUUGAAUGCUGAUCGGGUAUUGAGCAAUCAUGAAUCGUUUCAAAUGGUGGGCAAUGCUCUUAUUUACGUCGGUGCUUGUUUGGGCUGCAGCGGCCAUUAUCUCUUUCGAAGAUUUUGGGAAAAUCCCUACAGACCGGGUUGUCCUUCUUUCGGUUUAUACUAUUUCGAUCUUACUUGCACUUAGUGGAAUGAUCACRUCAACWUGUUCUGGCGGAACGAUGAAAGCAUGGACCGAGACAGUCUUAAUAUUUCUGAAUCUUAUUUAUUGGGUGGUGGUUGCUAUCGCAACACUUGUCAGUUCCACUUCAAAGCUGAUACCAGUAGGAGAGCUUGUGGUUCAGUCGUCUGACGAAGGGAAUGACUACAAUAUCAGAUCACCAAACAUUUAUUUCUUCUCGUUUGGAAGUCUCGCUAUCACUAUCUAUUUGCUUUCUUCCUGGUUAAAAGAAUAUUUCUUUCGCGACGAAAAUGCGUUGACUACAACUCAGUGGACGUUUCUGGCAGCAUCUGGGUUUCUUGUAAUGUUGACAGGAUUUUCCCUAUUGGAGAACUCGUCAUGUACAAGAGGCAGGUAUUACAGCUGCCCACUCACAAUUUUCAGCAUUCUCGCCGGGCUSCUUUCCGGUGUAACUUCAUGCCUCCUUAUACCGUGGCGAAGUGCGCCUUUGAAAUGCCAGGCAGAGUUUGCAUUGAUACUUGUCAUUACAUGGGCUGCUGCAAUUGCCACGUUGACAUUUGGUGCAGGGCCUGCAGUAUCCAUCAACACAAUGUAUUUUGGGAUUUAUAUUUCCUUUUCAAUUGCGUUGAAUAUUCUUGUUACAACACUUUACGCAGACUCGGUGCUGGAAGCAUCUCCUUUUUCACAAGUAGAAUUCGGCAUGACUGAAUCAGAACGGGCCAAGGAUGAAAUAGGUAUGGCAGGUUUUCUUAACAUGGCUUACGACAACAUGACAAAGUCGCACUCGCAACCAGUUUUGGACCAUGACGAUGAUCCACGCAAUACCGAUGCGUCGCUAGCAAUAUUGUUCGACACUCUUGAUGGUUCCUCAUCCCUUCUUGGCUCAGAUARUGGUGAUGCUCACUCAAACUCUUUGCUUGUUGGAAGAGACACGAGUUUUAACAAGAAUGUAAUUGUUGGUAAACGAAAUUUAGGUCGAAUCGAAAUUUGGUUUAUACUAAUGGUUGAAUCCAUUGUGUCCCUCGCCGUCUUUUAUGGUCUAUUGGACGGGCACGACCCCAUAAGGGAUCAAUGGAUCGUUUUUGCCCCCAUCCUUUCCAUCGCUUUUUGCUUUAUCGGGUGGAUUGCAAGUACAGUACAGAAGAAAUGGGCAAAAAUUUUGGAAGGUAUUCUGGUAGGUCCAAUUUCGAGUAAACAGCACAAGAUUACCAACUCAGGUUCCUAAAAAUUCUUCCAAGUGUGCGAACGCAUAUCUUUUUGACUUUUGCCGAUUUAUUUGCGUUCGCAYCUUUACAAAAACUCACACAGUAUUCUUCUCAAUUUUCCACGCUGAYACGUGUGGGGACUUAGAUAAUAUCAUGCAUUACAACAUGGAUCCGUGGUCUCAUCGCAGUUACCUACUAUUUCAGAGAUGAUUCGGAUGCAGGAGUGGAUACCAAUAAAGUGAUAGCGAUGGAAACCAUGACAGCCAAUCAGCUAUUCAUGAGUUACGGUUCAUUUUUCACCUCGCUGUAUUUAUUGACAAACUGGUCAAAUGCCUCUGUGACAACAACCGACUGGAUCUUUUCAUUCGCCACAUCCGGUACUGUAUUUGGCGUGCUUUACAUCCUUGAUGAAGAAGAGUUCAAGGAAUGUUUCAGAGAUUUUGGCAAGUGUGGCCAAUUAGAAGUGUUGAUAAUGGCCGCUUUGGGAAGCACAUUGUUAUCAUUGGUCAUGGUAUUUGUGUCUUUUCUCCCACCAUGUGGACGAUUUAUGCCUUUCAUUCAUUUUAUUAUUGGKACAAUAGUUUUGGUAUGCUGGUGCGUURCAUCUUACUUCAUUGUGUUCAGGAAGGAUGGGGUAGGUAGCCAAAUUGGCCCUGCAUUUUUCGCCUGCUGGGGSGUACUGUUCUUCAGUGUCGACAUYGUAUCAACAAACAUGCUACUAUUGUGUAAAAUUCGUUCAGAUCAAGGUGGUGAAGAGGACGCAAAUUUGUCUUUGUCCAUAAGCGAUGGUGACGAGUGUUUUGAAGACGAACAAAACACGCAUAGGCCAGCAUCCCGAAGGGAUGGUGACAAGAAUUUUGUUCGCGAAGAAGAAAUCCAAACGGCGAGAAUAGACGACAUCGAUGGUSCGUUUGUUGCRGAAUCAGUCACUGCUCCCAGAGAUACUUCACGGGCAGACAUUGAAUUAAAAGGUCAAUUUGAAGGUGCUGACUCCAUUCGUAGCGAAAUGAUUGAUGUUAUAGACUGUUCCGAAYACGACGGCUACCAAUAUUGGAAUGGCGGCCUCAUAGAGACUGCGCCUUCGUCGCAAGUGAUUAGAGAACRAAGUGUCGAUUCUCAAAACACCGAUCAGGAACAAAGCUCUACAAAUACUACAGAUUGUGCAGACUGUUCCCAGCACAAUACAAUCAAUUCGACCCSAUCUUCGAUUUUGGAUAAUAGCUCUACRGGAACUGCAGAAUUUUUAGAUUGUGCCGAAAUUGAAUUUGCACCUCUCCAGAACUUUUCUGUUCAAGAAAACAUGCUGGAUGAUUCAUUUCGUCGUUGAAUCAUAAUAGGAGAUCAAUGCAUUCAACCAUAUGRACACCACUUGAACUAUCCUAUUUUAAAAUUGAUAAUUACUCACGUGGGAUCCUUGUCAACACAUCUGUGUAGAUUUUGCCUCAUAUUUUUUUAACACAUUAUGCCACCGUGCCUGGACUCAGAAUGGGUCAAAAUUUUCUUUGCAGCCAAGCUAGAUAAUGAUAUUAAAAUCAAUUUAGUGGA